AUGAAGCAAAAUAUUGGACGGGGCGAAUUUUCUCAGUUCCCCAAUGUGACACAGACAAGCUGCCAGGAAGACGACGUUUCAACUUACGUUCAACAUUUAAAUGCCCUCUAUUCAGAUUUUGAAUCUAGGUUUGAGGAUAUUUUGACUAUGGUAAUACCACCGUGGAUAAUUAAUCCAUAUGGUGACAUAGAAGAAGCGAAUGUCAUAAUACAAGAGGAACUGACUGAACUAAGUACAAAGAAGAACUUAAGGUUCAGUUUAAAAACGGAUAUCAGCAAUUCUGGCUGCAAAACAACAUACCCGUUACUUAUCCCGUAUUAUGGAAUAUAG